GAAUACUCACCAAAUUGACUCUGCAACCAUACCCUCUUAAUAUUUACAAGUCUAUCUCGCAUCCCGGUUCAAAUCACAGUACACCAUCGUAGUCCGCCCAAGUCUUCAUAAGGUCCCUGGGACAAGCAGCAUGACUUCAUCAACCAUCAAACCCGCCGCGAAAAGAAUCCACCAAAUCAUCAAACUCAAACCCGAACACUACGAAGCAUACAAAGACUGCCACGCAAAGGUCUGGCCCGAAGUUCUCCAGCGUAUCAAGGGUUCACAUAUUGAGGACUACUCAAUAUCCUACGACUCCUCAACAGGUAUCCUCUUCGCCAGUUUCAAGUACACUGGCACCAAUUUCGAAGAGGACAUGGAAGCCGUACGCCAGGACGCCAAGACUAGAGAGUGGUGGAAGAUGACGGACGGGUAUCAGGAGAGUUUGAAUCCGGGGGCGGUGAGUUCGGAAAUGGGUGGUGUAAAUGGGACGCCGGCGUGGUGGAAGGAGUUGGAGGAGGUGUUUUAUAUUGCUUGAUCUCAACCUCGUGCUAUGGGCUGGUAUGACGAGAUAAAGGAUCAGGCAAUGCACUGAGACUAAAAGCACGCAUGAUUGUGGCAUAAUGCAUGAUGGUAGUGGUGUUUUAUGAUACAAUAUCCAAAAACUUUUUGUUCCGCAUGGAACA